AUGGUUGGAGGUUAUAAAAGUUCAUUUAGCCGAUCAUGCUCCGAAGCACCACGUGGCACCGCCCGUAGCACCACCUUGCACCACGUGGUUAAGCUCACGCAGCUCCCCACGAUUUCUGGCGACGUGAAUCAAGCGUCGCCGACUGCCACAGGGUCAAUAGCAUCAGAACCGGGAAUGUUGGGCAAAAUGACUCGCCACGUGGUCACACCAGAAGCAUCCGACACCGCUCGUAACCGCAUCGCCAACCUCCCAACCACCAAAUCGCACCCUGAACCUAGCCAGUAUACGGUGACCAGCUUGGAACUGCUCGAGCUCCGAGUGCCGACGCACGUCCCGCUGGGCACACGGCCGUCGUUAUCGUGUCGCUGGCGGCUAAGCCCCACCGACAUACUCUACUCAGUCAAGUGGUACAAGGACGGCAAGGAAUUCUUCAGGCACGUCCCGAGAGAUGUCGAACCGAGGAGAAAAUUCUUACUACCCGGUGUUGACGUAGAGGAAUCCUCUCCUAACGCGUCCAACGUGACGCUGUAUCCAGCGGUGCUGGAGACGGGUGGACGCUAUCGCUGCGAGGUGUCCGGAGAGAGACCACUCUUCCCGACCGUCUCCGACCACGCGGAUAUGGUCGUUGUCGCUCUACCGUCCGAGGGUCCGGUAAUAACGGGAUCUCGCGUGCGCUACCAGCUUGGUGAACGCGUGCAGGUGAACUGCACCUCGGGGCGCUCGCGGCCUGCCACACAGCUAGCGUGGUACGUCAACGGUGAGCCCGCGCCGCCGGCCGUCGUGCGGGGGCCCGAGCACUUCCGUCACGAGGACGGACUGGAGACCACGACGCUCUCCCUGGACUUUAAAGUUAAGCCGAAGCACUUUAAAAAAGGCGAUUUGAAAUUGAAGUGUCUCGCCACCAUCGCAACGGUGUACUGGCGCAGCAACGAAGAGAGCGUGCAGGGCGAGCGGCUGAAGGGCCACUCGCGCUCGCGGGAGGCGCUGGAGGGCGCGUCGCGCGCCGACCGCGUGCGGGCGGCAGCGGACGCGCGCGCGCCGGGCGCGCUGGCGCCGCUCGCCGUGGUGCUGGCGCUGGCGGGGCUGUGGGCCGUGUGA